CUCUUUUCUCAUACGAAGUAAAAGUAAAUAGCGUUUCACAUUGUUAGGCAAGUGAUCUUUAUUUUGUGUUGACUUUGCUUGUAAUUUUGAAUUUGUAUGAUGGAAAACAACACCGACAAUCCCGAACAAAACAAUUUCACCCCGUUGUCUGUGCAAGAAGUAGACGUAGAUUUUUUACCAAUAGUAUAUGAAAUCAUACGAAGUGUCGAGCGUGAUUUCCACGACAACUCUGCAAAGGUGCGAGAGUCCCAGGAAUGCAGUCUGAAGGUCCUUGAACUACAAAAGAAGCUCGAUUACGCUCGAUCUCAGAUAAGGCGUUUACCAGGAAUUGAGCACAACAAGCAAGAUCAAAUCAAGCAGUUUGAGGUGCUCCGGACACAACUGCGGCUGAAAAGAGAACUACUCCAGAAGUACCAGAAUAUCUGCUCAAUUGAAACUUCCUUCAAGUGAUAUCAGACAAGAUGCCGCUCCGUGCUCUCUUCAAAUAUCUGGCCGACAAUGAGCACCUGGUACAAAAGUUAGCCGAUUCUUAUCCUGUCCGCCGCGCUGCACAGCUAGCAGUCUCCAUGUUUUACAGGGGAAAGGAAAAGGUUUCU